UUUGGGGAUGCAUUCAGUGCUUCAGUUCAACAUGUUAGGUUGCCAUCAAGUAAUGGUAGUGGGGCUCAGGUUGAUUCUUCUAUACAGAAAGAGCCACGUUCUGCUGCUUAUAUGGGUGAUCAGAAACUUCUGUCUCCACCAAAUGGGAGUUUGGGUAUUCCAAAUCCUAGAAAACUGGGAACCAGCGUUGGUGGUUAUUAUGGGGGUCCUCCCGGCAUGGGUGUGAUGGCGCAAUUUCCAGUGUCGCCUAUUUCUAGUCCAGUGUUGCCAUCAUCACCAGUUGGUGGAACAACUCAUCCAGGUCGGCGAAAUGAUCUAAGGUAUCCUCAGGGUUCACAUAGAAAUACAGGUAUUUAUCCUGGAUGGCAAGGGCAGAGAGGAGUAAACAUCUUUGAUGACCCCAAGAGGCAUUCAUUUCUUGAAGAACUGAAAUCCAGCAAUGCGCAAAAGUUUGAGCUCUCGGACAUAGCGGGGCGUAUAGUAGAAUUCAGUGUGGAUCAACAUGGGAGUCGAUUUAUUCAGCAGAAGCUGGAACACUGCAGUGUUGAAGACAAGGUUUCCGUUUUUAAAGAAGUUCUUCCACAUGCUUCAAAAUUAAUGACUGAUGUUUUUGGGAAUUACGUUAUUCAAAAGUUUUUUGAGCAUGGAAGUCCUGAGCAGAGGAAAGAGCUUGCAGACAAACUUGUUGGCCAGAUGCUGCCUUUAAGUUUGCAGAUGUAUGGUUGCCGUGUGAUACAGAAGGCCCUUGAAGUCAUUGAGCUUGAUCAGAAAACACGAUUAGUGCUUGAGCUUGAUGGGCAUGUCAUGAGAUGUGUACGUGACCAGAAUGGGAAUCAUGUGAUACAGAAGUGUAUAGAAUGUGUACCUACAGAAAGAAUUGGAUUUAUUAUUUCUGCUUUUCGAGGUCAAGUUGCCAUGCUUUCUACACAUCCAUAUGGUUGUCGUGUUAUUCAGAGAGUUUUGGAGCAUUGUUCAGAUGAACAACAAGGUCAAUGUAUAGUGGAUGAAAUUUUGGAAUCUGCUUAUGUUCUUGCUCAGGACCAGUAUGGGAACUAUGUUACCCAGCAUGUUCUGGAGAGGGGAAAAUCCAAUGAAAGAAGCCAAAUUAUCAGCAAGGUGGCUGGAAAAAUUGUACAGUUGAGUCAGCAUAAAUAUGCAUCAAAUGUUGUUGAGAAGUGUUUGGAGUAUGGUGAUGCUGCUGAGCGGGAGCUAUUGAUUGAGGAGAUUAUUGGGCAAUCUGAAGAAAAUGACAAUUUACUGAUAAUGAUGAAGGACCAAUUUGCUAACUAUGUGGUGCAGAAGAUUCUUGAAAAAUGUAGUGAUAAACAACGGGUAGCAUUGAUCAAUCAGAUAAAGGUUCAUUGCCAGGCUCUGAAGAAAUACACUUAUGGGAAGCACAUAGUUGCUCGGUUUGAACAACUUUAUGGUGAAGAGUAUUUUGUCCAUUCCUGAAUGAUACCAAGAUCAUUAUAGAUAUUCUUGAAAUCACGAGAAGACUUACCUUGAAGCUUAUAAUAUUUAU